AUGAUUGUGAGUUGUGACACCUUUCUUGAUGCAAUUGUUGUGGUGGACAAAGCGUUCUACUAUCCUCAACUUUUUGCCACGCUUCACAAUCGACUCCAAAGAGCAUACACCCAAUCAAUCCCAUUGUGCACGGAGUCCUUAAGGGCCGACCAGUCCCCUAGAAAAGUAUCGUAG